CUUACACCUGAGUAAGGCGCUCUUCUGCUGUUCAACUUACUGUACGAUGACUGACACCCAGAAGAAGACCGUUCUGGUGAUUGGCGCGGGCUCUGUGGGUGCAAUUGCCGCGCUGAACCUCGAAGUCGGCGGUCUCGCCUCAGUCACUGUUGCUCUCAGGUCGAAUUACCACGUCGUCAAAGAGCAGGGAUACACGAUCGAAAGCUGUGAUCAUGGAUCGCUAAAGGGGUUCAGGCCGAGUGCUGUUCGCAACAGCGUCCCGGAUAUUGUCGCCGAGAAACUUCAGCCAUAUGACUAUAUUGUCCUUUGUACCAAGAGCAUACCCGAUGUUGGACCCACCUUAGUCGACUUGGUCAAGCCUGCCCUGCCGAAGGACAACACGCAGACCACGCUGGUCCUGCUCCAGAACGGCCUGAACAUCGAGAAAACCUUCCUGGCGACUCAUCCCGACACUGUCGUACUCUCCUGCGUCUCUCUCAUCGGUAGCGCCGAACGAUCACCUGGCCGCAUUGUUCAGAAUGAACCAGAUCGACUUUUUGUCGGUGCCUUUCCACAUCCAUCCAUCCCCAACGAAAAAGCAACCGCCAAAGCACAGGAGUUCGUGGCCCUGUACUCCGCUGGUGGCAAGACGGAUUGCAAGCACUCACCCAAUGUUUUGCACGAUCGCUGGCAAAAGCUGGUCUACAAUGCCUGCCUUAACCCAAUCUGUGCAAUCACGGGCGUAGACUCCGGCCGCAUAAGACUCGCAGACGGAGCGUUAGACGGCCUCGUUCGACCGGCAAUGGAGGAGAUCGUCGCCGCCGCGAAAGCCGUCGCAAAUGUCGACCUAGAGGAAAACGUCGUUGAAAAAGUCAUCAACACGGAUCCGCUGGAAAGCUGGGCGAAGCCGAGCAUGCAGCAGGAUCUUGAGGAGGUUUGUCAGAUGGGUCGGAGUCCUCCUUGGUAAUGACUGACAUGUACCAGGGCAAUUUUAUCGAAUUUGAGAAUCUCCUCGGCGAGCCACUGCGCGAGGGCAAAUUUGCUGGCGUACCGAUGCCCACCCUUGAGGUCCUGUACCAGAUCGCCAAGACUAUACAAUGGCGCACGCAAGUCGCAAAGGGCUUGAUAAAGUUACCCGGUCAGUGAUAAUUGGCUGCUGCAAACGAUGGGAUGAUCACAAUUUUUGAAAGCAUGAAGUGAAAUGAAUAAAGUCUGUGUUCAGCAUUGGCCUGCAAGGUGCAGA